CCCCGGCCCCAAGUCCGUUCCUCUGUGUGCGGGCCUCCUCGCUCCAGCCAGCUGGUCUCCCCGCACUGCGGCGUUAGGAGGCGGCGGGCUCCGCCUUCGCCAAGGGGCAGCCGGAGCGCCAGUCUGGUUCCCGCAGCUCCGCUGAUUCCCCCAUCUCAGCCCUGCGUGAGCAUCUCUCAGGCUGUCUUCUUGGAGGUCUCCCUUCGCCCCUGAGGCUGCAAGAUGGUGUCCUGGAUGAUCUGUCGCCUAGUGGUGCUGGUGUUUGGGAUGCUGUACCCAGCUUAUGCUUCCUACAAGGCUGUGAAGACUAAGAACAUUCGUGAAUAUGUCCGGUGGAUGAUGUACUGGAUCGUCUUUGCCCUCUUCAUGGCGGUGGAGACCUUCACAGACAUCUUUAUUUCCUGGUUCCCAUUCUACUACGAGAUCAAGAUGGCCUUCGUGCUGUGGCUGCUCUCACCCUACACCAAGGGGGCCAGCCUGCUUUACCGCAAAUUCGUCCACCCAUCCUUGUCCCGACAUGAGAAGGAGAUCGACACCUGCAUUGUGCAAGCCAAGGAGCGCAGCUAUGAGACAGUGCUCAGCUUUGGGAAGCGGGGCCUCAACAUUGCCGCGACAGCCGCUGUGCAGGCUGCCACCAAGAGUCAGGGUGCACUGGCCGGAAGGCUACGCAGCUUCUCCAUGCAGGACCUGAGCUCCAUCCCUGAUGCCUCUGCGUCAACCUACCAGGAUCCCCUCUACCUGGAGGACCAGGUGCCCCGCCGCAGGCCACCCAUCGGGUACCGAGCAGGGGGCCUGCAGGACAGUGACACUGAGGAUGAGUGUUGGUCGGAUACAGAGGCCGUGCCUCAGCCACGGUCCCGAGAGAAGACCCUGAGCCGCAGCCAGAGCCUGCGUGUGGUCAAGAGAAAGCCGCUGGUGCGGGAGGGCACCUCACGCUCCUUGAAGGUCCGGACGAGGAAGAAGACCUUGCCCUCAGACGUGGGCAGCUAGGGCCUACGGAACCUGCGCAGUCUUACCUCGUGCCUUGCAGGGCCCUGGGGGCUGUUCAGAAAGGCCCUCUGGCUGCGCCAGCCCCCCCAGGCUCUGCCCUCCUGGCUCCUGCUGUUGGUUAAGGGCCAGGGGCAGGUGCUGCCAGGGCCAUGCACAGAGAUGACCUACAAUGUACCAAAGCAAGCCGGGCCCAGGGUUCUAUUUAUUGCCUUUCUCAUUCCUCUACCUUUGCAGGGGUGGGAACAGAGCCCUCCCUAAACCCUUGCGAAUGAAACCAAAGCCCAUCCAGCUGUGUUCAUUCCUCCCUGUCCUUCAAAGUACUUGACAGCCUUCUCCAAGGCCUUUUGUGUGUGUCUUGGGUGUGUGUUUUGUGUUGGUGAGUGAGGUCAGGUUUGUGCAAGUUUUGAUAAACGAAUACAUAAAAGUGUUCUCU